ACUAACGGAUUACCGGAGAUGAAUCACGGGCGUGAGGAGUCUGAUCCAUGAAGUUCCCUGAAACACCGGACAGGUCCGAUAAGCAACAUGAGCGAGAGAUUUAUGGUCGUGCCGGUCGAUCAGGACGACGACGACGCGCGCGCAGGUGCUGACGGAGAUUCCGUGUUUUUGGACACAGGUGCCGGUGAAGUGGAAAUCGCACGGCGCCGGGGAUCAGUACCCAUCCUCCAGUACAACAGAGAGCCCACCAGAUACGGUGAUGGAAACCCGAGGGAAAGCAUUCCCUUCUUCCAUAACACAGAAGAUGAGAAAGGAAACCUCUAUGAUGGGAAAAACAUGGCACUUUUCGAGGAGGAGAUGGACAGCAAUCCCAUGGUAUCGUCGCUCCUCAGCAAACUGGCCAACUACACGAAUCUCACGCAGGGCGUCCGAGAGCACGAGGAAGCUGAUGAAGAUGAAGGGGCCAAGAAGAAAAAAGUCAAGAGUCCACAGAUGGGGACGUUUAUCGGGGUUUACCUGCCCUGUCUGCAAAAUAUCCUGGGAGUGAUUCUGUUCCUGCGAAUGACGUGGAUCGUGGGGACGGCAGGAAUCCUGGAGGCCUUUAUAAUUGUGUCCAUGUGCUGCACAUGUACAAUGCUCACAGCUAUAUCAAUGAGUGCCAUUGCUACAAACGGUGUCGUUCCAGCUGGAGGUUCUUACUACAUGAUCUCCAGAUCUCUGGGUCCUGAGUUCGGAGGCGCUGUUGGACUCUGUUUCUAUCUGGGUACCACAUUCGCCGGCGCCAUGUACAUCCUCGGUACAAUCGAGAUACUGCUGACGUAUAUAGUGCCCAAUGCUGCCAUCUUUAAAACAGAUGAUAAAGAGCUGCAGGCCGAGGCGAUGCUGAACAACAUGCGUGUGUAUGGCACGUGUUGUCUGGCGCUCAUGUCUCUGGUGGUGUUUGUUGGAGUGAAGUAUGUGAACAAGCUGGCCUUGGUCUUCCUCGCCGCAGUCGUCCUCUCCAUUCUGGCCAUCUACGCCGGGGUCAUCAAAACCAUUUUUGAGCCUCCAGUUUUCCCGGUUUGUUUGCUGGGCAACCGCACCCUUCAGAACCACAACUUUGACAAGUGCUUGAAGACAGAAAUAAUCGACAACGUGACGAUGACCACAAAACUUUGGUCGCUCUUUUGUAAAGGGCCGGAGUUGAACGCCAGCUGUAAUGAAUACUUCUCCAUGAAUAACGUCACAGAGAUUCAGGGCAUCCCUGGACUCACCAGUGGAGUUAUUUCAGAGAACAUGUGGAGCAGUUAUGGUCCUGCUGGGAUGCUGGUGGAGAAAUCUGUAUCAUCAGAAGAGUCGAUUGACACCUCACAGGACGUCUUAAUGCCGUAUGUCGUCAAUGACAUCACCACAUUCUUCACUUUACUCGUGGGAAUCUACUUUCCUUCUGUCACAGGUAUCAUGGCAGGAUCAAACAGGUCUGGAGAUCUUAGAGAUGCUCAGCGCUCCAUUCCCAUUGGAACAAUCCUCGCCAUAGCAACCACCACCAUCAUCUAUCUUUCCUGUGUCGUGUUUUUUGGCGCAUGCAUCGAGGGUGUGGUGCUUCGAGACAAGUUUGGAGAUUCAGUUAAAGGAAACUUGGUGAUUGGGACUCUGUCUUGGCCUUCGCCGUGGGUGAUCGUGAUUGGUUCAUUCUUCUCCUGCUGUGGGGCGGGGCUUCAAAGUCUCACCGGCGCCCCCCGUCUGCUGCAGGCCAUCGCCCGAGACGGCAUAGUGCCUUUCCUAGAGGUGUUCGGUCACGGUAAAGCCAACGGAGAACCGACCUGGGCUCUCCUCCUGACGGCUUUCAUCUGCGAGAGCGGGAUUCUCAUCGCUUCUCUCGAUGCCGUCGCUCCCAUCCUCUCAAUGUUUUUUCUGAUGUGUUAUCUGUUUGUGAACCUGGCGUGUGCUCUCCAGACACUGUUGAAAACACCAAACUGGAGACCUCGCUUCAAAUACUACCACUGGACUCUCUCAUUUCUGGGUAUGAGUUUAUGUUUGGCUCUGAUGUUCAUCUCAUCCUGGCACUACGCUCUGGUGGCGAUGCUCAUCGCUGGAUGCAUCUACAAAUACAUUGAAUAUCGCGGGGCAGAGAAGGAAUGGGGCGAUGGGAUUCGAGGUCUCUCUCUCAAUGCCGCUCGCUACGCUCUCAUUCGAUUGGAGGAGUCGCCACCACACACUAAAAACUGGAGGCCUCAGUUGCUGGUUCUGUUGAAUCUGGACUCGGAGUUCACUGUGAAACAUCCGCGUCUUCUGUCCUUCACCACACAACUGAAGGCUGGUAAAGGUUUGACCAUCGUGGGCUCAGUACUGGAGGGAACUUUCCUGACCAAAGACGCAGAGGCCAAAAGAGCAGAACAGAACAUCAAAUCUGUCAUGGCAGCUGAGAAGACAAAAGGUUUCUGUCAUGUUGUGGCGUCGUCCAACUUGCGUGAUGGCAUCUCUCACCUCAUCCAAUCAGCCGGCCUCGGGGGAAUGAAACACAACUGUGUCCUCAUGGCAUGGCCUGGGUCAUGGAGACAGUCUAAUGACCCACAAUCAUGGAAGAGCUUCAUAGAGACGAUUCGAGAGACCACGGCUGCCCAUCAAGCCCUGCUGGUGGCCAAGAACGUGGACAGUUUUCCUCAUCAGGAGCGUCUCACCGAAGGCACCAUCGACGUGUGGUGGAUCGUCCAUGAUGGAGGAAUGUUAAUGCUGCUGCCGUUUCUGCUGCGACAACACAAGGUGUGGAGGAAAUGCAAGAUGCGCAUUUUCACGGUGGCACAGAUGGAUGACAACAGCAUUCAGAUGAAGAAAGACCUGCAGAUGUUCCUCUAUCAUCUCCGGCUGAAUGCUGAGGUGGAGGUGGUUGAGAUGCAUGAGAGCGAUAUCUCGGCGUUCACGUAUGAGAAGACUCUGGUGAUGGAGCAGCGCUCGCAGAUGCUCAAACAGAUGCAGCUGUCGCGGACGGAGAGAGAGAGAGAGAUUCAAAGCAUCACUGAUGAAUCACGUAGCUCCAUACGGAGGAAGAAACGAACCAGCAGCGUUCACAGCACGGGCGUUCAUAACCAGAGCAGCCAACUAGAUGACGAUAACCCAGAUGAGGCACAGCUUAUCCAUGACAGAAACACAGCGUCUCAUUCGGCAAUAAAUGACAAGGCCGACGCGACGCCUGACCGAGUCCACAUGACCUGGACCAGAGAGAAGUUCUUGACCGAACGCAACCGGAACCGAGAGGCCAAUGCAAACAUGACUGUGCGGGAUCUUUUCAACAUGAAACCAGAAUGGGAGACUCUGAAGCAGUCGAAUGUGCGCUGCAUGCACACAGCUGUUAAACUGAAUGAAGUGGUGCGCUGUAAAUCACAGGACGCUCACCUGGUGCUCCUCAACAUGCCUGGACCUCCCAAAAACAGAGAUGGUGAUGAGAACUACAUGGAGUUUCUGGAGGUUAUGAUGGAGGGUCUCAACCGGGUCCUGUUGGUGCGUGGAGGUGGCCGAGAGGUCAUCACCAUAUAUUCAUAAAGUCACGAGCUGCCCAACGCCAUACUGGCAGGAAUUCUGUUUAUACGGGCAUCUGGGAAAACCUUACACUUGGUUUUAUACUGACUUUAAGCCCGGCUGUGAGUUUGUUAGAGGACGAUGACGUUUUUUGGGUCUGGUGAAGCGCCCAUGGAAACGGAGGCGAUGCACACGCAUGAUGAGAAGACCACAGGCUCAUAACUCAUAACGCUGCAUACCGACAUGUUAAUUUAUGCUCAUUGACUCACUUUCUGUUUGUUUUCUGUUGUUUGUUUGUACAGUCUGUGAUACUGUAGGUUUUUAUGUAUGUUCGUUGUGUAAAAUCGGCCUUUGGCAAUGUGUCCACAAACUGUUUUUCAUUUGGUUGGUUUUAUGAAGAUGAUGAAGAGUCUUCACGUUGCUUGCACAAUCGGAUGGUUUUAGCGUUUGUUUUAGACAAUGUUUUUAAGAGCUGCUGUACGCCGGACCGUUUUUUACUUACUGUUGCUAAAAGUGUUUCUGCAGAACCUAAAAGUGAUUUAUGCAAAAAUAAUCCUGACAGUUCAUUGUUGAGAACUUGGGAUGUGUUUUUAUUUGCAUACUUCAAAAUUAUUUUUUUCGAUACACAAAAGUACAUAACACCCAAACCAGGCAGCAUUCACAAACAUUUGAUUUUUGCAGUAUAAUCCAUGAUCUAAGUUUUAAAGGUUCUUGUUUAGAUAUGAAGGGAAAGUUUUGGCUCAAAGUCAUUGGUGAAGAUGCUGAAUGUGUUUAUGUUACUGACUAUACUGAAUUAUAUUGAAUGUGCAAUACCUUUAAAUGUUACGAAGGCAUCACUGGCCUAAUAACAUGCAGUUACUAACCUAGAGUUUUGUAUUACAUUAGUUGGACUGUUUAAUACUAACAACAAAAGCUGUGGUCUCGUCAUGAAACAUUCAUGAAUCACAGACAUCUGUUUGAUUUCAGCUGGAUUUGCACUUUUUUGUCUUUGUAAAAUUGUAUCAUAAGAGCCGAGGGCACGGCUGCUGUGUGUCUGAUGAGUCUGAACCAGCACUGACCAUCAUCAUAUCAUCAUCAUCAUCACUGCAAUAAAUGUGUUUCUCAACAUAAACUGAAACAACAUUUAGUGUCUGUAUUGAUGUGUAUGUGGAGUAUGAUGAUCUCCGGAGGUGAAGCUCAGUAUUUGUCGAGCGUGGAUGAUCUUAAGCACAAACUAAUACUUAGUACUUGCUUUUGCACUUUAUUGGUCAUGUUAGCUAGUCACAUAAACUUUAGCACGCUGUAGAUACUAUAUACACUCAAUAAUAUAUUAGCAUGAAAUUAUACAGGGAAAUAUUAUAACACUGCCCAGACAAACCACAAAGCAGCUGUUCCCAAAUAAGAAAAACACAGUAAAAAAGUUUUCUUAUAGGUCGUACACGCCAAGCGCGUAUUUAACGAUUUGCGCAAGUAAUGCAAAGACGCAAAUAGACGCGAACUCGCGCGGGCGAUGUGAAUGACACAAAUUGGGCGGCGCAUUUGCUGCGAAAACUCGCACUGUUCACCUUAAACGCGUCUUUGCGCAAGUGGAGAAAAUAUUUAACAAAACAUAAAAAAAUCGCAUGACACAAAGUUAAAUCCUGCGAGUAAGGAUUGCGAUGCUUAGGAUUUGGGGUAUACGCAGCAUUGUGGGGCGUACACGAAACACGAUUUUAAAGAUUUACAAGUAGAUAACAUACAAAGUCAAUGCAAAAAUGCAAAUAGAUGCAAACUCACGCUGUUUAACGCAAAUUGUGCGUUGCGAUUGCAGCGAAAACACAAGCUAUUUGCUUCAAACUCAUUUUCUCUUUUUUUAAAUAUUCAGCUUAGAAUUUGGUGUGUACGCAGCAUUGUGGGGUGUACACACGAAACGUGAAUUUAAAGAUUUGCGCAAGUAGUUUACAUACAAAGUCAAUGCAAAGACACAAAUAUAUGCAUACUCAUGCUGGUUGACGUGAAUUGGGCGUGAAAACACAAGCUAUUCGCUUUAUCAUUUUUGCGCAAAUUAAAAAUAUUUAACUGAAGUUAAAAUUUGCAUGACAGGAAGUUAAAUCGUGUGAAUAUUCUAGAGCGAGGAACGUGAUGCUUCACAUUUGGUGUUUAUGGGGCGUACACACCAAUCGCGAAUUCAAUGAUUUGCGCGAGUAGUUUACAUACAAAGUCAAUGCAAAAAUGCAAAUAGAUGCAAACUCACGCUGUUUAACGCAAAUUGUGCGUUGCGAUUGCCGCGAAAACAUGAGCUAUUCGGCUCAAACUCAUCUUUGAAAAUUAUUCAGCUCAAGUGAAAAAUUAGCAUGACACAAAGUUAAAUCCAGCGAGUAAUGUACAGCGAUGAACACGAUUCAUUGUAUUUGGUGUUUAUGUAGCAUUAUGGGGCGUACACACCAAACGUGAAAUAUAUGCAUACUCGCGCUGGUUGACGUGAAUUGGGCGUGAAAACACACGCCUCAAACUCAUUUUCGCUCAAAUUAAAAAUAUUCAACCCAAGUUAACAAUUUACAUGACAGGAAGUUAAAUCAUGAGAAUAAUCUAGAGCAGGGAACGUGAUACUUCGCAUUUGGUGUUUAUGCAGCAUAAUUGGGCAUAUACACCAAUUGCGAAUUCAAUGAUUUGCGCGAGUAGUUUACAUACAAUGCAAAGACGCAAAUAGAAACGAAUUGGGCAGCAUGAUUGCCGUAAAAAACAUGUUAUUUGCCUCAAAUGCGUUUUUGCAUAUGAUAUUUAACUGGCAUGACACAGUUAAAUCCCACGAGUAAUUUAGAGGAACGCAAUGCUUCACGUUUGGUGUGUACGCAGCAUUAGAUUAAAACAAUCCUGACUUGGCAAUCUGUUUUUGUGCCUGGUAGCUUUGACAGCUUCACAUUUACAAAGUUUUGGGCAUCAAAAUCCUUCACCUAUUUUUUUCCAGCAACAUAUAAAAGAGCUUCAUGUAUGGAGUAAGUACUAUCAGAUAUAGUAAAAGUGACAAUGGUGAUAGAUGUGGAGGUAUAGAAACAUCUACAUAUGUAUGUUAAUACUGUUAACACUGUGUUUACAUCUUUUGCAAGUUUAACAAAGAUGUGAACAUUUUUAUUGCUCAAAAAUAUAAAGUGAGAGAAACUUGUAAACCAUACACACCAACACGUAGAUCAGCAAUAACACAAUCAAUAUUAAUGAUGGCCAUGCUGAUAGCUUAAAGGAACAGAUUUGAGUUAUUUUCUUCAGUUUUGUGCAUUAUGUAAUCUGAAUCAGAAAGACGUGGAGCAUUCUGUUGGGGUCUGAUGGACGCCCCCGAGGUUUAGAGGAAAUCAUAUCUCAAGUUUUAAAAAGGAUGAGCCCACAUCUCUGUGUAUACUGACAGUUUCUUUAAAACCUCUGUUAGCAGUGCAGUAUUUUGUUACCAGAACAUUGUAUUUUUUUACAUCGUAGACACAGUAUGGUUAUUGAUACGGUUAGAUUACAGUACCUUAUAUUGUUUAAAGUUGUAGUUUCUAUACUGUCAGGCUAUUGUUAUACUUUAGGAGAUACUGUAUUGUGCACGACAUGGGAAUAAUAUUGGCUGGGUUUAUUGCA